UGUAGCAACUGAGCUAGCCGCGUCCAUGUGUGUGCUGUCACACGGGUAAAGAGUCCGCGAAACCAGUCCGAGAAUACAUUUUGUCUUCUCUUCCUGAAGACCACGGUAGACUACAUAGAACUGAAUGGCAGGGACCAACACGGACAUGGCGACAUCCAGCCCUUGUGUUGUGAUCAGUGAUGAGGAGCAGGGAUAUGACCUGGACCUUUUCUGCAUACCAAAGCACUAUGCCUCUGACCUGGAGCGCGUCUACAUCCCACAUGGACUCAUCUUGGACAGGACAGAGAGACUGGCCAGAGAGAUCAUGAAGGAAAUGGGGGGCCACCACAUUGUGGCCCUCUGUGUGCUCAAAGGGGGUUACAAGUUCUUUGCAGACCUGCUGGACUACAUCAAGGCCCUGAACAGGAACAGUGACCGCUCCAUCCCAAUGACAGUGGACUUCAUUCGCCUCAAGAGCUACUGUAAUGACCAGUCGACAGGUGAAAUCAAAGUAAUUGGUGGAGAUGACCUGUCCACGUUGACAGGCAAGAAUGUGUUGAUCGUGGAGGAUAUUAUCGACACAGGGAAGACAAUGAAGACUCUAUUGCAACUCCUCAAACAGUACAAUCCCAAAAUGGUUAAAGUAGCAAGUUUGUUGGUGAAGAGAACGCCAAGAAGUGUUGGCUACCGACCAGACUUUGUAGGAUUCGAGGUUCCUGACAAAUUUGUGGUGGGCUACGCACUAGACUACAACGAGUACUUUAGAGAUCUAAAUCAUAUCUGUGUCAUUAGCGAAACAGGGAAGGAGAAGUACAAGGCAUGAAGAGCAGUCCGCAGGAGUUUUUAACAUAUGGUUCUAGCUUUUCCCUCCUCGGUUCAUUUUAUAUUUUAUUACGUCAUAUUUGUGUCGUAAAAGUACUCUGCCUGCUCAGGGUCCCUGAGGAUACACUGAUGGAGUCAUAAUCCUGACG